CUUUUGCUGUGCAUUACAACAUUUUCAAUGCCAGUUCUGUUGAAAACAGGUUGGAAGCUGCUAGAAAGGGUUUAGUUUUACUGUAUUCGUGGGGCCCCGCCCACCAAGUCUCGCUGUAGAGGCAUAGCAGUGCAUAGGGGUGCACCAUCAGCCAUGGGGACAGUAGAGCAGCCGGUCAAAGAGUACAGAGUACUUUAUAAUAGACUCUUCGCCAUUGCCAUGUCCAUACUUUGAAGCGAUGCACUUCAUACGAGAUCAUUCGCAGCGGUAGGCGUACACGAAAGACUAGGCGACAGUCGCUGCGUAUGUUUGUGAGACGUUUCAACGGAGAAUACGUUAUGAUCGAAUUGGGCAGGAAUAAUAGGAGCUAAGUGUGUUGAGAGGUUGUUGUUUUUAUUACCGUGGUGUGUAAGAUGAUGUUUAAGACUAUCCGGCGUUUCCCAUGGGUCACAAAUGUCACCUUGUAUGGGUGCCUGUACGCCGGGGGAGACUUCAUGCACCAGAGCCUUUCCCGGAGCGACCAGAUCAACUGGACCCAAACGCGGAACGUCGCCAUAGUAGCCUUCAGUUUCCAUGGCAACUUCAACUUCUUCUGGAUGCGGUUUUUGGAGCGCACGUUCCCCGGAAACUCCGCCGGGAUGGUGCUGCGCAAGCUCGCCCUAGACCAGACCACAGCAGCGCCUCUCGCCACCAGUGUCUUCUACACAGGCCACUCGGAUGUGUCCAUGGCCGAGAGCACAAUGUCUCCAGAGGAAAUCGAAGUGGAGAUGGCUCGUAUCCAGCGCCUGAGGGAGGUCUUGGUGCGCAGGGAGUCUGAACUGCGCUUCAUGAUGGACGACAUUCAGCUUUGCAAAGACAUCAUGAGUUUGAAGCAGGAGCUGAGGCAGAUAGUGGCAGUACCAGAGAAAGAAAAGACCAAGAAGCAUCGGCAGCGGGAAGAAGAGCUGAUCCUGAAGAUCCAUAAACUGGUUCAGAAGAGGGACUUCCUGGUGGAUGAUGCGGAGGUGGAGAGACUAAGGGAGCGAGAAGAAGACAAAGAAAUGGCUGACUUUCUCAGACUGAAGCUGAUGCCGUUGGAGAACAAACUCAAAGAUCCCCCAAAGUCCAAGAGAUUAAUCCCAGAACCUCCUCCCAAUAAACCGUCCAUCACAAAAUCCGGAGUGGCCAUUAUCAAGGAUUGCUGCGGAGCGACCCAGUGUGCCAUCAUGUAACAGGACACAAGGCAACUGCAGCACUCUAUACUACCAGAGACCUCCAGUAUCUAUGCUCAAUUCAACCACACAGAGUUCUGAUAAUACUGCAUGUGUGGUACAAAACGUUCUUAGUUUGUGAAACCAUAUAAAUGUAUAGAUGCCCAUUAAGUAAUACAAGCACAAACUUAAUUUGACUAAUUUCCUUAAAUUAACCUUAAACAUUUGUUAAAAUUUUGUCUUUGAGGCAUAUCUACUAUUCAAUUUCUAUGAGAUUAAAACGUUUAAUUAAAAAGUGCUCAACUCCACCAUAUCCAAGAGAAGUCAUGGACUGAGAUUUUGAUGUCACAUUUCUUAAGUGUUACUAUUUGGCCUAUCAUUUGUUUCUCGCUCGACACCAGAAUAUAAUGCAACAGUUAUGUGCGAUGUAAAAAUGUAUAUCGCCAUGCCUUCAGUAUUUGCAUAGAGGUUGAUGUAUACAAUGAGUAAUCCACAAUGCAUUACAUUUGUUCUGCAUUUUUAAUGAUUAACUAUUGGGAAACGAAUGCACCUCUUGUAAAUGCCGUCAGUGUACGUACAUGUUUGAGUGUAUCAAGGACCAGUAGUUCAUGU